GCUGAUCUUAGGAGAAACUAGAUAUGUGUGGAAAGCCAGGAUAUCACCCCUUGCUCCUGGCGGUCUUUGGUGACGGUGCAACAGAUAUGAUCCCAAUGGACCUGGUUUGGGAGCGGAUCGACAAAAGAUUCUGCUUCCUCUUCAACUGGCGAGAGUAUUUCUGCACCCUUUUCUAUGAACUCAAGGCAGUCUAUCUGGACAAUUAUUGUUUUUCAGUAAGAUCGAUUUCACCCCUUCCUAUCAAUCUGACCGAGAUCUGGAAUAAUAGCGUGAGACCUGCGUCCAGCGUUCGGGGGAACUGGAUUACCAGACUUUUGACGGCACAUUGAGCUCUCCUCAGUACAUGUUGCGUUUGAUGGAAGCUGCACGAUAUACAGUAUGCUAUGAACAAGCGAGCGGGGAAGAUCAUUAUGGAGUGGUAAACUGCAUUGUCCGAGUAUUCGAGUAUAUACAUAUAUCAAUUCAUCUCAGCCACCACCUCUGCAAACAUCUUCUGAAUCUCCCC